CCACGCUGCCAAGCCGAUUGGUCGGCUGAAAGGUGCAGCAUAUUGUAAUUUCGCUAAAUAUGAUAUUUGGUAUAUAUAGCUAUACCAAUAAAUAAAACAAAUUCGACUGAACUGUGUACUAACUGUUCACAAAUCUUCGCCAACGAAUUUUGUGUGUGCUUCGUUCUCACCAAAACUUGUUGAUAGUGAUAAAUUGUGAUGAAAAUACGGACUAUUAUGACAAAGAAAAUGGUUAUUAAUUUGUUGUUGGUGGUGCUUCUUGCUUUUUGUCCAAUUGUUUAUGCAGAUGACGGUCCUCCAGAGGAUGGAAUACAGGACAUUUAUGUAACACCGAGUCCUACGACUUGUCAUGAAAAAUGUGGUUGUGAAGAAAUGUACUUCUACGACUCGGCUACCAGCAGAUGUCUAAUCAAUUUCACAAGAGUAUUUAAAAAAGUCGUUACUAAUUAUGAAAAUCUUGAUGGUAAUAAUUUACCUGAUGAUGAAAUGGCAAAACUUCUCUACAUUGAAAGUCAAAAAAUAUUUCAAGGAAUUAUGAUCUCAGUUUUCUUAUUUAUUGUGUGUGCAGCAAUUUGUGUCAUAUCAGCGUGUAUUUAUUGUUGCCGUAUAAAUUACACGGACCGAUCAUUGAAAUCUAAUGUAAAGGCCUUAGCCAAAAAACUGAAUACAGAUUACAAAACGAAGAAGCCAGUAAAACGACCACCUUGCCCACCUGUUUCACAAAGUUGUAAUGUUGUUGUAGAAGAUGCUGGAGUUUUUGUUGUAUAGUUGUAAUAAAUAUAAAUGUUAUUUCAUGAUAAUGCACAAUAAAAGUUAGAUUUGAAAAGUAAAUUGGAUCUUGGUUAUUAAAAAACUCUAACCG